AUGGCUCUUCGCCCUUCUUAUAGCUGUCGUUACCGUUGGCUUCUUGUGUUGACGCUACUGUCUAUCCUCCAUCGUGUUUCUCACGCGGAGCUCUCAUCGACUGCCAGUAAUGCAGGACACGCUUUGCCAACUAGCGACCACAAUCAACCGGGUGACACCCAGUUUCCUAGCGGCAUCAGUCGCUCUUUCGUUGCAAACAAUGCUCGAGGCAGGCAGCUCGCGUCGUCGCCUCCCGUUUCCUCCGGCAGCUCGGCGUGGGAGCGCGCGAUGGCGGCGCUGAAGCCCGCGAUGUACGGCGUGGUGGCCGCCAUGUCCGUCGGCGCGGAGAGCGACGUGCCCACUGAUGCGCUCCAGUCUCUGCUGGCGCCCGACGCGGUCGUCACGGCCAAGGUCCGCCUGCUCAACGCGGCGGAUAACAGCGGGAUAAUAUGUGAGGAACUCUCUAUUAACGGAGCAACCACGCCAGUGCCGUACUUUCCUACCCUGGCGCUGCUGUGCCUGCGGUUUGAGCAGCGCGCCGAGUCCCAGAACUCAGCCACGCCUUUGACGUCGCGUAUGUGGCCCUUUGCUGACUCGGCGCAACUCCCGCCCGUCUACGCCACUUCGCUCGCGUUCCUCUCGCCCAUCGUCUCCUUCCGCCUCUACCCCGGCACUCCCGUGGGACCAGCGGCGCAGCAGAAAGAACUCGGCUUGUUGGAGGACGCGGAAUACCUAGAUGUAUCCUUCCAGGUGUCUCUUUCCGUUCCACAGUCGCUUGUGUCUUUCCCGCGAAAAUGCACGCUGAUUAAUAUGCAAGGCGGUAUAGACCAGCAGACGCUGGUGGAUCAAGGGGGUACUCCCGCUAAAGCAGAGUGUUUCAAGUUUACCACGUUCAACAGCAGCUACUUCUUCGUUCUCACAGAGCCCGUUGACAUUCAAGACCAGGUCAAGUUGCCGCCACCUCCUCCGCCCUCCCCUCCGCCUCCCCCCAGUCCCCCUUCUCCGCCUCCGCCUCCCCUGGCUCCUCCUCCCCCGCCACCUCCCGUUCCGCCUCCCCCUCCGCCGGUUGAAGGCAAAAACACGGGCCUGAUUUUGGGCAUCAGCAUUGGUGUGGGUCUCGUGGUGCUGCUGCUUGCGGGCGGCUUGGCGGCGUUCGUCUAUAUCUGGACGGUCAGGCGGAAAAAGAAAGCGCAAUCACGGCCCGAGGGCAACGUGGGCCGCGCGCACCUGAUCGCUGCGAUUUCGACCGUGAAAAGCGGCACGCAAGGCUCUUCACGUGCGGACAACAGCAUUGCAUCCACACCCAGUGGAGGAUCAACGAGCAUGAUUGAAUUGGAAUCGAACGCUUGCGCGCUAACAACGAAUAGCAAUGGCAGGGCUAUUCGCAAGAACGCAUCAUCUGACCUGACCGUGGCAGGAAUGGAUGGAAGGCAUGGGAGGGACUUCACGCCCAAUCUGGUGCAUGUGGAAUUGAGGAACAAGGAUGCUGCUAGAGGGGUUCAUGAGGGGCUCUCCUCUUACCGUACAUCUGUAUUUGCCCCUCCCCCUCCAAUCCCGCUUUGA